AUCGCGCCAUCGUGCGAAAAUGGUGUACGUAUUUCAGAGAGAGAGAGAGAAACAAGAGAGAGAAAGAGAGUGAUUUUACUACACACUGUCACUGCAGCCUUUUCUCUCAUCGUCUACAUCGUGCUUUCUCUCUCUAAAAUACCUACACCAUUUUCGAUAUUCGAGCCAAACCUCCGUCCGUACGGCUCCCCGAAACCUUAAUCUUCUCUCUCUCUCUACAUUUGUAUAAGAUCUUUCGUUUUAUCUCCAUUUUUCAUCUGAGAAUUUGUUUUGCAGAAAAAAACCAUCCCAGAUGACAAUGCCUUGUUCCGAUUCCUUAACCGAGUCAAACCGGAACCCGACUCGCAAGCCCUUUAACUGCUACGUAGCUCCGCACCUCCGAAACACUGGCGGCGGCUCGUAUGCUUACGGUUACGUGCCCCCAAUUGAGUCCACCCAGUACGGCUUUAGGCAAAGCUACACUGGCCGUCCCGGAAAGCAAGCCGACCGGAACGGUCGGGGUCGCGGCGGCGGAGGACGAGGUCGCGGUCACUUUUGGGCACAACCCCCAAACCCGUUUGAUAAUGUCUCUGAGAAAUUUGAUCAGCUCAAAGUCACUGAGGAAGAAAGCGGUGACAAUGGCGGUAUCAAUUUCGAAGCCUACGAAGACAUCCCAGUGCAGGCGAGCGGCGAGGACAUUCCGCCGCCCGUGGACACGUUUCUCGAGAUCGAUUUGGGCAAGUGUUUGAAGGAAAACAUCAAGCGGUGCAAGUACGUGAAGCCCACGCCGGUUCAGCGCCACGCUAUUCCGAUAGCCAUGGCUGGCCGCGACUUGAUGGCCUGUGCUCAGACCGGGUCCGGCAAGACGGCUGCGUUUUGCUUCCCCAUCAUCAAUGGGGUCUUAAAGAAUGGCGUCGAGCGGUCGCCGGCUCGCGCCGGGGAUCGUGCUGUGUGCCCUACCGCCCUCAUUUUGUCUCCGACGAGAGAGCUGGCUGGUCAGAUUCAUGAUGAAGCUAAGAAGUUUGGUUAUCAGAGUGGGGUGAAGAUUGUUGUUGCUUAUGGUGGAGCUCCACUUCUCAGCAGGUCUUUGCGUAUGCUGGAGAGAGGCUGUGAUAUUCUUGUUGCAACUCCUGGGCGCUUAGUGGACAUGAUUGAGAGGUCGCGAGUUUCGCUGAGAAAUGUCAAAUAUUUGGCAUUAGAUGAGGCUGAUAGGAUGUUGGACAUGGGUUUUGAGCCUCAGAUAAGGAGGAUUGUUGAACAAAUGGACAUGCCUUGCUCUGGUGCAAGACAAACGUUGCUUUUCAGUGCUACAUUUCCAGAUGAAAUACAGAGGCUUGCUGCAGAUUUUCUGUUAAACUACAUAUUUCUCACUGUUGGAAGAGUUGGAUCAAGCACAGGUCUCAUCACACAAAAAGUUGAACUCGUUGAGGAUAUGGACAAAAGAAGCCAUUUGAUGAAGCUUCUUCAUAGCCACCAGGCUCAUGGAGCUCAUGGAAAGGCUGCCUUAACCUUGGUGUUUGUGGAGACCAAGAGAAGCGCAGAUUCUUUAGAAAACUGGUUACGCGUGAAUUGUUUUCCAGCUAUAGCAAUACAUGGUGACAAAGUGCAAAAGGAGAGGGAGCAAGCAUUGAGAUCGUUCAAGUGUGGCAAAACUCCAGUAUUGGUUGCAACUGAUGUCGCUUCGCGAGGGCUAGACAUCCCCCAUGUUUCCCAUGUCAUCAACUUUGACCUGCCAAAAAGCAUAGAUGACUACGUUCACAGGAUUGGACGAACAGGGCGUGCUGGAAAUUCUGGUCUUGCAACUGCUUUCUUCAAUGUCAAGAACCAGCCACUCGCAAAGGGACUCAUGGAGCUGAUGCAGGAAUCAAACCAGGAGGUUCCAAGCUGGCUGAGCGAAUAUGCUGAGGGCGAAUCACAGACUUAUAGCAGUGGUGGCAGUCGGAACACUAGGUCUGGUGGCAGUAAGUUUGGUGGCUAUGACUUUCGUGGGGACUCCCAAUCUACGCAUGACAGUUAUUAUGGUCCAAGGAGCUAUGGCUAUGGAGAUUAUUCCGCUGGCACGUCUGCUGCUACCUACAAUGAUGCUGCUGUUCCAAACGGCUACGGAAGCUAUGAAAUUAUUAUUGCUGAUGGGUGGGAUUAGAGAUCUGCAGGAACACCUUGGGUAAUAUUUACAUAGAGGGUAGUAAUGUUAAUAGAUAAAAGGUGCAGAAAUAGUUGCUGAAGACUUAGGUUACAUGUUGGAUAUUAAGUGAUUAACCAAAUGGUUGCUUUUGGAGGAUUAUGGCUCUUUCUUUUGUUUUCUUUUUUUUUUUUUUUUUUUUGAGUUGGGAAUAUUCUCUCCCAGAUUUACAGAGCAACCACAUUUUGUAAAAGUAUGAUCCAGAAUCCCAGUUUAAUGGAUCAGUAACCCUCUACAAAUCUCAA